AUGGCACACCCUCAGACGCUAAACACGCUCGGGGAAGGCGAGAGGAAAUUCUUCCAGGCCCUGGUAGACGAGAACGGCUUCUAUGAGAAGGACCGUCAUGUGGAAAUAGAAGAAAUACAGUCGUACGGGGAUCUGACUAUGAAAGCACAGAAAAACGGGACAGUUGCAAUUGUGAGCGUGCGCGUAGACGCUGACGCCGAGUCCCAGACAGACUCGUUCAAUAUAAACCUGCGCGGGGAAAGUGCGCGUCCUGCAGUUUCUGUUACUGUUUUGGAGGACACGGGGGCUUUGCCAGAAAUAGUGCAGGCGUGCAUUUCGAGGGCAGAGCAGACACUUUCCGUUCCAAACGUGCGAGAUCUCUUUGGAAAAAAGCAGGCUCUCUCUUACGACAUAUACAGAGGCGAAAAGAUCCAGGCGAGGCCCAGGAGGGCGCUUGUGUACGGGGUUGUGGGGGAUAAAUUUUUCACCUCCCCAAUACUGCAGGAGGCCGGGGCCUCUGAUGCUUUGGUAACAGUUACGUCAGAAGGCGACAGCAUUGUGUGCAUAGACGUUGAUGGCCCAGUUGCCCCGAAUAUGCUGAACAAAAUCCUGCAGAGCCACAUCCAGGGAGCUCUGUAG